AGAGUGUGAGCACGUCAGGCAAAAGUUCCUCCAAAUGAGUUCUCUGGAGGUUUCUGAAGAGGUGAGACAGUAUCUUAAAACACCAACCUUUGAUAACUGGCAAUGGGAGGACGCUGAGAUCAUGGUGCUGCUCCAGGUGAUGUACACAGAUCUGGACUUCAUCUCCACCUUCAACAUUGAGCUGGACGUGCUGCAGCAGUUCCUUUAUGAAGUGUACCGACGCUACAAUAACAUCCCCUUCCACAACUUCAAACACUGCUUCUGCGUCACUCAGAUGAUGUAUGGACUGAUAUGGCUAACAGAUCUCAGAAGCAAGAUGGAUAGUAUUGACCUCCUCAUCAUGCUAACCUCAGCCAUCUGUCACGAUCUAGAUCACACCAGCUGUCAGUGA